GCACCCUUAACUGAUGAUUGCUCGCUUCGCUCGCAAUAAGUAUGGAUCCAGAUAUGGACACAGACACUCUCAUCGCCAUCACGGAGAGCCUCUUGAAUGCAACGCACACGCGAGAAGAUAUUCUCAAUGCACUUAUUCGCUUCGAGGGAGAUUCCGAUGCAGCGGCGCAGCUUCUGAAUCUCGAGUCUCAGACAGGCCCGAGUCGACAGAACCUCACAACCGGAAAGAAAAGGAAACGGGGAGACUUGGAUGCUUGGCUCAAACCUCAGACUGCCGCGAAGAAGCGACAAGGGACCCCCCGCCGAUCCUCAGAACCCGAGGCGUCUACCUCUCGACUCGUCCUCCGAUCUGAAGCUCCAUCACCGCGGCGCGAAACGAGGCCAGCUACAGACUUAAUGUCUGUUUUGCGACAGCCUCCGAAAAUUGAAAAGCCAAUACUUAAACUGCCUCCUCUAACGUUGAGCACACCAAAGAUGGUCGCUGAACACACUCCUUGUACACUACAUCCUUCCAUCCUGCCCCCAGAACUAGCGACGAAGCUGUUUUAUUCAAUGAUCGACGCUUCACAACAGUGGAAACGCAACAAGUGGUGGUUGUUUGAUAGAGUGGUCGAAUCCCCGCAUAAGACGUCUUUCUUUGCAAGGCGGACAAACGGUCUCAACGAAGACGCGUCCUGGCAAGAAGCAGCAAGAUUCUGGUAUAACGGACGCAUGACGGACGUCCCUCCGGUCUUUCCCCCAGAGAUGGAGGAAGCCUGCCGCAUCGUUGAGCGGGCUGUGAAUGCAGAGAUGUCGAAACGAACGCGUCACGCUCUGGAGUGGGUGGACCCGGAUGGCAAGCCUAGCUGGCGGUCAAACGUUGCAGCAUCCAACUGCUAUGAAGGCGGUAAGGAGAGCGUUGGCUGGCACUCGGAUCAGUUGACCUAUCUCGGACCCUAUGCAACUAUUGUGUCGCAAAAAUAAUUGAUUUGUUAUUGUUCCUGAGCAGGACCAAUAACAAGCGGUCAGACCAUCAGGCUGACGGUUCCCCGAUGCCAAUGGAAAAGCUCGAAUCAGUACUUAUCAGACGCUGGUCAGGCAGCAGUCAGCAAUCUAUCAUCUGGUUGUCAGUCCAUGGUCGGGUGGGGGUUGGGAAGGGGCAAACAAAAAUGGAUUUUCUCACUGACCUCCUUGUUAUUUCUUACCCCUCACAGCUUUCUGACUUCAUUUCCUUCUUUCUUUCUUACUUACUUAGCUCAUUAAUGUUCUAUGUGAUUCAAGCUUGCCAGGAUAUGCAACUCAAGGUAGGAAUUGAACUCAGGUGGCUUUCUCAUUACUUGCUCCACAAUCGGAGUGGGUACUUUACUACUAGUCUACGUGUGCAUGUAGUGACAGGUGUGAUUGUCGGGUAAGUGACAUCGGAGAAACGACACAGCCACCUGGCGCACAAUGACGCAGGCCACCAUGACGGACUCCACUCAGUUCCUUCGAGCCCUAAACUCUGUACAUCAUGUCUGCUAUUGAUUUAUUGGCUAUCUCCUUAAUUACCCAAUAUCAGAUCUGAGAACAUGCAAUCAAUUGCUGACAUUGUCUGACAAGACACUGACCAUGACUGACCAGGCCUGAGCAAUCUGAUCAGUGACCGACCGCUGCCUGAUCACAACUUAUCGCGCCUUGUCAGACCCUGAUCAGUUUGUCAGGCCUGAUAACAAAUCAAUUAUUUUUGCGACAUGCCUCGCUGAGUUUGGGUACAUGUAGAUUGUUUGGAUUACGGGAGGUAGUUCCUACUAACGAAGCGAAUACCCGCAAAGCACGCACUUUCAACGUCCCUCUGCCACAUAAUUCACUCGCUAUCAUGCAUGCAUCGUGUCAAGAAUCGUUCAAACAUUGCAUUGUCCCUCAAACCGCAAUUGACUUAUUCCGCCCAACAUAUCCUCGAUCGCCCGGAGAACCCAUUGAGCCGUCUAAAUGUCGAAUCAACAUCACGUUCCGGUUCUAUCGGCCUGAUUUUCGUCCCGAAAGUAUACCGCAUUGCAAGUGUGGCAUCCCUACCAUUCUUCGCACGGAAAUGAAAAGUAGAGGUGUGGGAAAGUCCGAUCGGUAUUGGUGGACCUGUUAUGCCGGGGCUCAGAAUGACGGCAAAGGUUGCGACUUUUGGCGUUUGAUGGAUCUGGAAGCGGAGGGAAGAGGUCAAAAACCCAAGUCCAGAUGAUGGAAUUGGCUGUGUGUGAA